AUGAAAAUCUCCCAGCUGCUCGUGGGCCUCGCCAUGCUUGCCUCUCCCAUCUUUGCCGCGCCCACCGAGGCUGUCUCCAAGGACUUGUCGAGCCCUCAGUGCGUUUCGUGGAUGGUGCGCUGUCGUAUUUCCCGCGGCAUCCUUGAGGACUGCGUCAACAACAAGUGGCACGACAAGAUCAAGUGCAUUAAGGGCUGCUAUGCCGACGAGACCCGCUGCAACUAG